AUGAACAUCACCCCAGCGAUGGCACCUCUGUCUCCAGGGCUGGGAAUUUUCUCCCCCUCGCUGGCUAGGGGCUCCUUCCAUCAGGCAAAACAGGCCUCGAGCCCCUUGAAUUCGCCCACCCCGUCCAUAAUGAGCUCCCCAAAACUCUGGCAGAAAGCAUCCAUAUCCAGACUCGCAGAGGAGUUUUUCUGGAUUGGUGGCAGCGUGGUUGCACAGCCUAAAUGGAGACUGGGUCAGAUAGUGGAGAGGUGUAUGUGCACCAUGCAGACUGGCACUCAGAUGACCAAGCUGAAGGGGAAGAAGAAAGGACUGGUCCGAUUCUUUUACCUGGACGAGCACAAAUCCUGCAUCCGAUGGCGGCCCUCCAGGAAACACGACAAGGCCAAAAUAACUAUUGAUUCCAUCCAUGAAGUCUGUGAGGGGAAAAAAUCUGAGAUCUUCAGGCGAUACGCAGACAACCGUUUCGACCCAAACUGCUGCUUCAGUAUUUACUAUGGGGAGCGAGUGAAGUCCCUGGACCUUGUCUCCACCAACGCAGAGGAGGCCCGCACCUGGAUCACUGGGCUGAAAUACCUCAUGGCUGGUAUCAGUGAUGAAGACAGUUUGGCCCGAAGGCAACGCACUCGUGAUCAAUGGUUACAGCAGACUUUCUCUGAGGCCGACAAAAACGGAGAUGGCACCUUGAGCAUUGGAGAGGUUCACCAGCUGCUCCACAAACUCAAUGUGAAUUUACCCAAGCAGAAAGUCAGGGAGAUGUUUCAGGAAGCAGACACAGACGAGAACCAAGGCUCUCUGGGUUUUGAAGAAUUCUGUUCGUUCUAUAAGAUGAUUUCCACACGCAGAGACCUCUAUCUGAUAAUGAUCUCCUACAGCAAUCAGAAAGAAGUCAUGGAUCUCCACGACCUUGCACGCUUUCUGGAAAAUGAACAGAAGAUGCGCGGCCUGGCCAAAGAGCACCUUAUCGACAUAGUGGCAAAGUUUGAGCCAUGUCCUGAGAACCUGCAGCGUAUGGUACUGGGUAUCGAUGGUUUUACAAACUACAUGCGGAGUCCUGCAGGCGAUAUCUUCAACCCCGAGCACAAUCAGGUGAACCAGGACAUGACGCAGCCUCUCUGUAACUACUUUAUUGCCACAUCACAUAACACCUACUUGACAGGAGACCAGCUGCUGUCUCAGUCUAGAGUGGAAAUGUAUGCCUAUGUUCUCCAGGCUGGCUGUCGCUGUGUGGAGGUGGACUGCUGGGAUGGGCCAGAUGGAGAACCCAUUAUACAUCAUGGUUACACCCUGACAUCCAAAAUCCUCUUCAAAGAUGUUAUUGAAACAAUCAACAAAUAUGCCUUCACGAAAUCACAAUACCCAGUGAUCUUGUCCAUAGAGAACCACUGCACUGUGCCUCAGCAGAAAAAAAUGGCUGAGCAUCUGAGAGAGGUGCUGCAGGACAAACUGGACCUGUCCAAUGUCAAUGUGCAUGAAUGCAAGAAGCUGCCCUCUCCUGAGAUCCUCAAAGGGAAGGUUUUAGUCAAGGGAAAGAAGCUGCCAGCAAACCUUGACCCAGAUGCAGAGGAAGGUGAUGUGUCUGAUGAAGACACGGGUGAUGAGGAAGAGGAGGAAGAUGAUGAUGAUGAUGAUAACCCACAGGCUAUCAUCCAGGAAUCCCAGUGGAAACAGCCACAAAACACACAGCAAGAAGCACAACUGAAGAAAAAGCUACCAUGUAGGAAAAAGAGAAUUCGAGUAAAAAACAAAGCGAUGUCUGAUGGAGAGUCGGACAACAGCAGCAGCAGGGAAAGGGCCCAGAUUGUUUAUCAUCCCAAGAAGAGAAAAACGAUGAGGUUGUCUCGAGCUCUGUCUGACCUGGUCAAAUACACGAAAUCUGUCCGUGUGCAUGACAUAGAAACUCAAGCAUUUGCGAACAGUUGGCAGGUAUCAUCCCUCAAUGAGACUGUUAUGAACCAGAUCUUACAGCUGAAGCCAGGUAGGUUAGUGCGUUUCAACCAGCGCCAGCUUCUAAGAGUCUACCCGUCCAACUACAGAGUGGACUCAAGCAACUUCAACCCACAACCAUACUGGAAUGCAGGGUGUCACAUGGUUGCAAUGAACUAUCAGACAGAGGGACGUAUGCUUGAACUGAACCAAGCCAAGUUCUCAAGCAACGGAAACUGUGGAUAUAUCCUGAAACCUAAGUGCAUGUGUAAAGCUGCCUUUAACCCCAUGUUGGAUGAUCCUCUACCAGGACACAGAAAGACUCAGUUAGUGCUAAAGAUCAUCAGUGGACAGCAGCUCCCCAAACCUAAAGACUCAAUGUUUGGGGACAGAGGAGAGAUUAUUGAUCCCUUUGUGGAGGUUGAGAUUAUCGGUCUACCUGUUGAUUGUUCCAAGCAGCAGACCAGAGUGGUGGAUGAUAAUGGUUUCAACCCAAUGUGGGAGGAGACCCUCGUCUUCAAUAUUCAAAUGCCACAGAUCGCCUUGGUGCGUUUCCAGGUGUGGGAUCAUGAUCCUAUUGGACGAGAUUUCAUUGGACAGAGGACUGUAGCUUUCACCAGUAUUAUGCCAGGUUAUCGGCAUGUGUACCUGGAGGGGAUGGCAGAGUCAUCCAUCUUUGUUCAUGUCGCUAUCAAUGAUAUCACAGGAAAGAUCAAACCCUCAAAUGCAGUGCAAGCUGCCAGGAAACACAUCCGAAAAGCAGCUCAGAAGCAUAUAAAGGGCCAUCAAAGGCAGCCUUCUCUAGACUUCUCCGUCCUGUCCUCAGAAGAUGGACGUGCUCUGUACUUCCGCAAGGAUCUGGAUACAAUCUCUCAGGACAGCAGGAAUGGGGAAAUGUCUCCUCUGGUACAUGGGCCAGCAGCCAAGGCUGCCAUCCACAAAGGAACCAUGAGUGAGCCAGUGAGGCGUGCUCACAGAGUCAAAAUUCAUGAACCACCAGAGACAAGGAGAGGGAUCUUCAGCCGGAUGUCCUCCACUGACUCCCACCACAUGGGGCCUGCUCCCUGUGUGAUAGCGGAUAACUUUGACCUUGAGUCCUCUUCCCAGGCUUCUUGCCCUGAUGGUCCUGCUCCUGACAGCCAAAAUCCAAUUCAAGAAGAAUUGGAGAAUGAACUUAAUGAACCAACAGAGUCAAACUGUGCUGAGCAGGAGACACUUCAGACACUUGAACCAGAGCAGCCUGAACCAUCUGAGGAAUUAUCAGUAGAACCACAAACUGCAAUUGAACCCGAGCGACCACCAGAAGCUUCGAGUCAGAGCGGUUCACUCCCUCAGCCUGAGCCCGUGCCACAGCCUCUGCCCCAGCCUGAAGCCAAACCUCCUCCACUUAUCCCCCCAGCAUCCCCCGCAAGGGUGAGACGGACCUUAGAGGCUCCAGCCACCCCCCGACCGCCCACCCCCAUACGAACAAAGGUCCGCUCACGCAGUUGCCCUCGAAAACAGACUACCUCUCCUCAGACACCGAUGGUGAAGCACAAACCUGCUUUCCACUGGCAAACACAGAGAGCACAAAACUGUGGCAGCUACAGUAACCAGGUGAGACACAUACCCAAUGGUCUCUGCCUGUCGGACAGCACAUGCAGCAGCAGCGGCGGCAGCACCGACAGCCUGGAGUUUGUGCCCUCCUGUUUGCCAGCCGAUGCAGAGAAGCGUGAGGGCACCCUGCAGAGGGAGAUGAAGGCCCUUUUUGACCAGAAGAUGAGAGAAAUCCGCUGUAAAUCACCACUUUUUCCAGAUGAUUCGACCACAGUUUAAAUUUGUGACUCCAAAGACAACAAGCUCCUUCAGAAGACGAAGAAGAAGAUGAACAACAAAGGAGGUGUGGG